AUGCAGCUUGGUGAUGGGAAUAAUCAUUAUUUUUUCUCAGUCAUGAAGCAAAGACAGAGCAGAUAUAGAAUUGACGUUAUCUAUACUGAACAAGGUGUUCUGCUGAAAACCCCUGCUGCUAUUGAAGAUGAGAUUACAGAGAUUGACUUGGCUCUUAAGGGCAUUGACAAUACUAAGGCUCGUGGGAUUGAUGGUUUCAAUUGUUUUUUCUUUAAAAGAGCUUGGAACAUUGUGAAAUCUGAUGUUUAUGCUAGUGUUAUGCACUUCUUUAAUACUGGCAACAUGAUGAGGCAUUGGAAUUGCACUACUGUUACCGUAGUUCCUAAGGUGCAGAACCCCUCUUAUGCCAAAGAUUAUAGGCCAAUUGUUUGCUGCUUGCUGCUGUCUAGCAUAAGAUUAUUGAUAGUGCUCAAGCUGGGUUUAAACCUGGUUGAUCUUAAAAAAUCUUAUGAUUCAGUUGAGUUGAGCUUUCUUAAAACUGUUAUAGCUGAGCUCAGCUUUCCUGCUCAAUUUAUCAGUUGGAUUAGGGGCUAA